AUGAGUGAAAAGCGAGAAUGGACGAACGAAGCUUGGAAAAAUGACAAUAACGUAGGAAAAAUGAAACCCAACGACACCAAUUUCUCUGAAUACGACAUUUUGAGGAAAAGCUCAGUUCAAUUGGAUUUGCCAAGUUACUCAGAAGUUUGUUAUAACAGUGGAGAUGACUUGGAGAAGGGUUUGUUUACACCUAUUCCUCCUACCUAUAAACAACUUCAACUGAGUAAUACAGACGAAUCUGAUGAUAAUCAA